AUGGAGGUACGAAAGGAUGUUCCAUCAAGAAAAAAUUUAAGACUUGAGACGACUGGCCAGGCGGCCGUGGUCAAGCUCACCGUCCGAGAGAUCAACAUUCACCAUUCUGGCCUAUGGCCAGACUGCUUCUGGAAAAACAUAUACCAUGGGAACGGGGCAGCAGCGGGAUGGCGACUUGGGAAUAAUUCCCAGGGCAUCUAUGACCUCUUCGAAGACAUCGAGGAGCGGCCACGUGGCGACAUCUCCUUCUCAUUUGUUGAGAUAUACAAGGAGAAGAUGAAAAAUUUACUCGCUGCGACUGGACAAGGAGCAGUUUCCAAGCUAGCCUUUCGUGACGUUAACGGAUCCACUUUCAUCCAAGGUCUCACCGAGCUGCCGGUGGCGUCUUACGAAGAAGCCAUGCGCGACAAGGUAGUGACCGGCAGAUUACUUCUUGUCGACCUCGCUGGAAGCGCACGACCGGCGGAAGGCGCGGCUGGCGAAGGGUCCAGCAUAAACCUAGGGCUGCUCAGCCUUGGCAGGGUAGUGGACGCCCUCGCUAAUUCGGCCCCGCAUGUGCCGUACCGUAACUCAAAGCUUACAAUGCUGCUUAAAGGGACCCUAGGAGGUAAGAGUGACUCGCUUAUCAUUGCCUGUGUUUCUCCUGAGUGCAACUGCGCGGAGGAGACGCAUAAAACACUGCAGUUUGUACGGCAGGCUUUGAAGAUUGGUUACGAUCCGAAGCAAGCAAGGAUCGCUCGUCUUGAACGAGAGGUACACAUCGACGUGGAAGGCACUACCGCGGUCAUCGGGGAGGAUCUACGAAUCAAUCCAGCUUCACGACGACCAACUAUGCCGCAAUUAGUAGGGCCACGGCUUAAAUGCAUUGCCAGCAGCAUCGACGUGGAAGGCACUACCGCGGUCAUCGGGGAGGAUCUACGAAUCAAUCCAGCUUCACGACGACCAACUACACCGCGAUCCUACUCGAAUCAAAGAGGCCAGCAGGUGACGAGUUCUCGGUUGAAAAAGAAUCAAAUUCUUCGCUUGGCGAGCGAAGAAUCAGUUUCUGGAGUCUGGGAUAUGGAAACUGUCGGAGAGCAAGUCCUCUAUUAG